AUGUACGGUCUCCUCUCCUCUGCCUGCCUUCUUCUGGCCACGGCCACGUCCGUGAUUGCGGCAAACUCUCCCGGCUGCGGGAAAGCCAAAACCAUCACAAACAAGCAGUACUCGAUGAAUGUCAACGGCAAGAACCGCAACUACUUCGUCUGGGUACCAGAUAACUACAACCAAAACAACCCUUACCGCAUUGUCUACGAGUGGCAUCAACUCGGCGGCAGCGCCCAGAAGAUCGUCAACGGAGAGAACCCCAACGCCGGCGGUGUCCUCCCAUACUACGGGCUCAAGGACAUUUCCAACAACUCGGCCAUCUUCGUCGUCCCCGAUGGCUUGAACGCCGGAUGGGGCAACCAAAACGGUGAAGACGUCACCUUCUUUGACCAGCUCGUGAAGACCGUCGAGUCGGACCUCUGCGUGAACGACAAACUCCGCUUCUCCACUGGCUUCAGCUACGGCGGCGCCAUGUCGUACGCUCUCGCCUGCGCCCGUCCCGACAUGAUCCGCGCCGUUGCCGUCAUCUCUGGCGCCCAAUUGAGCGGCUGCUCCGGCGGAAACACCCCGGUUGCUUACUAUGGCCAGCACGGCACCUCCGACUCUGUCCUUAACGUUUCACAGGGCCGUCAGCUCCGCGAUAAGUUUGUCGGUCUUAACGGCUGCCAGAAACCUGCUUCCGAGCCCCAGCCUAACGGUGGUAACUCGGUCAAGACUGUGUAUACUGGCUGCAAGGAGGGCUACCCGUUGACGUGGGUCAUUCACAACGGUGACCACAACCCGUCGCAGGUCAACCAGGGCCAGAGCACUCCUUUUGCUCCCGCCAACUCUUGGGAGUUCUUCACUCAAUUCACGUGA